GCGUACGAAGACACUCGAGAGAAAGCGAAAACCUCUUGAGAGAGAGAGAAAGAGAGCGGAGAACAAGCGAUCCAUUCUUGACCCGCGGCAGACGUGCAAACAUGGCAUCCCUGGCGGCUAUCGCCGAGAAACCGGGCGGCGGAGAGGGCGGACAGGGCGGAGAGCAGCAAACCAGACAACAACAACAACAACAACAACAACAACAACGGCGACGGCGGCGGUUGUGCGUGUGUACCAGAGUGCACCAGAACAAUGCGGACCGUCCCGUGGACUUGGUCAAGGUGCGGGAGUUCCUCAACACGGCCUUGCUCUACGCAGACAGCAUCGCCAUCGCCGUAGGACCGCCGCCUCCCCCGCCGCCGCCGUCAACGGAUCAACACGGCACCACCACCACCAGCACCGCCGCUGCCGCCGGCUCCUCCCCACCGCUCUUGCAGUCCAUAACUCUGGCCGCUAGGGAAGCAGAGAGAGAGGCGCCGCCCGACCGCGCCGUGGAGUCGGUCGGGGAGGGAGGGGGGGGCGAGGGGAGGGCGGCGGGCGUGGUGAACGUGUUCGAGGUGACGCCGUGGGGAAAGUUCACGCCGGCGCUGAACGCCCUGUUGGGGUUCGCCUCUCGCGACGGGGCUGAGCUUGUCAUGUUCCAGUCUCUGGAGACCACCGUGGGGAAGGACGCCGUAUCGGGCAUGGAGGCCUACAUGGGGCCCGCAGAUCUGGUCGUCGGCGCGGCCCUCACGGGACACGCCUUCCGGGGCGGGGAAACCGUGGAGCUGACGGGGGUCACGACGCCGUGGAACACACUGGCGCUCUGGGACGUGGCCAAGCUCGCCAAGCUAGGGUUCUUGGGCGUCGCCGAAGGGCUUCUUCCCGGCGUUCCGGCGGGGGUAGAGGAGGUAACGGCCAUCGCAGCGCUGCAGGUGUUGCUGGGGGCCGAGCACGCCCGCGCCAAGCUUGUGCGACUACCGCAGGUGCGGUGGCAUACGGCAUGGGAGGACGAGGGCAGAAGGCGGUGGCACGAGUCGAAGAUGUCCAGCAAGCGCGAGAGGGCCGACAAGCAGAUGUCGGCGCUGGGCAUCAAGAAGGGUACUGUGGAACAUCUCGGGUGA